AUGCGACUUCUCAGACUCGUAGGCUUUGGCCUGUCCGGCUUGAUCGUAAAUGCGACGCUCCAGAUUGUACCUGGCGCGACUUGGACAGCAACCAACACAGGCCAGCACAUUCAGGCUCACGGCGCCGGCAUCAUCAAAGAUGGCGAAAAGUGGUAUUGGAUUGGCGAAGAUAAAACAAACGGAACCGCUUUCACAAACAUCAACUGCUAUUCGUCUACCAACCUUGUCGAAUGGUCUUAUGAAGGCGCUCUAAUCUCGCGGACUGCAUCUGGCGACACAGGGCCCGAUCGUGUUAUUGAGAGACCAAAAGUUAUGCACAACAAGCGAACGGGUAAGUAUGUCCUGUGGGCUCACAUUGACAGCGCCGACUAUGGUGAGGCGAAGAUUGGGGUCGCAAUAGGCGACAGCGUUUGCGGAAAGUAUUCGUAUCUACGCAGCGAGCGACCACUGGGCUUCGAGAGUAGAGAUUCUGGCGUGUUUGUCGAUGACGACGGCAAGGGCUAUCUACUGACCGAAGACCGCCGCAACGGCCUACGCAUCAACGCACUGUCUGAUGAUUAUCUCAGCGUUUCCAGCAAUGUCUACGUCUGGAAAGAAAAAUACGAGUCUCCGGCCAUGAUCAAACACAAAGGCGUUUACUUCAUGUUCGCCUCGCAGCUUACGGGGUGGAGCCCGAAUGACAACUACUACAGCACGUCGACGUCUCUCUCGGGUCCAUGGUCGUCGUGGCAAAAGUUCGCCGACUCUGGGUCCAACACGUACGCUUCUCAAACAAGCUUUGUACUGUCUGUGGGGGAUGGGUACGUGUACAUGGGGGACCGAUGGCACAGUGAAAAUCUGAUGAGAAGCACAUACGUAUGGUUACCGGUUGAGAUAUCUGGAACGACGGCUAGCAUGAAGAACGCUGUCAACUGGAUCCUGGACCCCGGUACUGGAGCCAGCAGGGCCGGGCCCAAAGAAAACAUGUACGAAGGCGAGACGGCAGAGCUUGCUAACGGAGCCACAUCUCAAGCAUGCUCCUCGUGCUCGGGCUCGAAGGCAAUUGGGUACAUUGGCGGCGUGCCCUCGGGGUCCGCCACGUUUUCCAAGGUGGAAUCUUCAGCAACGACGCGCACGACUGUGAGAAUCAAGCAUCUCAACGGCGACAAGCAGCAAAGGUAUGCAGCCAUCAGUGUGAAUGGGAAAUCGCAGAGGGCGGCGUUCUUGCCAGACGGGGGAGGAGGCCCGGCAAGUUCAGUGGUGCAUGUCAACGUAGAGCAGGGCGUCAACGAAGUCAAGGUUGGCGGGGUGGAUGAGGGCUGGGGGCCGGACAUUGACAGGGUGUUUGUUCCCGUGGAGUGA